GCAGCACUUCCGCUGGGGUGAUGCGCAGUGUGUGGCUGCGCGCGCAGCAGGGCUGGGUCUCGGUGUGUAGCUGUGUCGCCGGUUCAUCUGUAGCCCGUGGAGGAGCAGCUGAUCCACAGCCAUGCAGAGCAGAGGAGCCCCGGCAGCGCCGCUGACCUGAACCCCCCGGGAGCGGCGCGGGAAGAUGACCGAUGUCACCAAGACCCUCCACAAGUGGCACGCGAGCUUCAGGAAGGGCACGGACUUCGACUCGUGGGGGCAACUGGUGGAGGCGAUAGAUGAGUACCAGAUACUUGCAAGGCAGCUGCAGAAAGAGGUCCAGUCAUCAAAUUCACAUGAUUUUACAGAGGAGCAGAAGAAAAACCUGGGAAAGAUUGCAACAUGUCUUGAAAUGCGAAGUGCAUCCUUACAGUACAACCAAUCCCAAGAAGAUUUUAAGUUGGAAGACUUGAAGAAACUGGAACCCAUUAUCAAGAAUAUUCUCACAUACAACAAAGAUUUCCCUUUUGAUGUCCAACCAGUGCCUUUGAGGAAAAUUCUUGCACCGGGUGAGGAGGAGAAUCUAGAUGUUGAGGAGGAGUUGGAUGCAGCCACUGGAGCCGGCUCCACGCCGCCCUUCCCUGCGAGGGUGCCUGGUACCUUAUUACCGCGGCUUCCCUCUGAGCCAGGAAUGACACUACUCACCUUGAAAAUUGAGAAGAUUGGUCUAAAAGAUGCUGGGCAGUGCAUCGAUCCAUACAUGACAAUUAGUGUGAAAGACUUGAAUGGUGUAGAUUUGAACCCUGUUCAGGACACUCCAGUGGCAAUACGUAAAGAAGACACAUACAUUCAUUUCUGUGUAGAUGUGGAAAUCCAGAAACAUCUUGAGAAACUACCUAAAGGUGCCGCUAUUUUCUUUGAAUUUAAACACUACAAGCCCAAGAAGAGGUUCACCAGCACUAAAUGUUUUGCAUUCAUGGAGAUGGAUGAGAUCAAACCUGGUCCCAUUGUGAUUGAGCUGUACAAGAAACCAACUGACUUUAAGAGGAAGAAACUUAACCUCCUUACAAAGAAACCACUCUACCUUCACCUUCAUCAGACUUUGCACAAAGACUGAGCAAACACCUGGAUCAACAUGAGAGAUGCAAAGGGACAACACCUUUUCCACUCGCCAGCAUUUUUGUUAUCCAAUUAAAAUUGGUGCAUCCCUAUACAUUUACAGCAAUAUGCAACUCGGGAUGGAAUUUCAGAUGUGGACUUUUUAACACAACACUUCAAGUGUCCAUUUAAUAAAAGAGUAAGCAAGACUGCUGAAAACAUGAA